ACGUCACACCACUGUCUUCUUGUUUAUAGCUUCUUAUACAGGAAAUGUUUCUAUCUAAGCUCAAAUUUGUGUCCGUGAACAUGAGUGGCGCAGGGAAAACGUGGCGUGGGUCCUCUCUCCAGUUUCUGUUGUUUACUUAGAUCUUCUCUUCACUUAUUUCCGCUCAUUAGAAUCAUCCAUCGCUCGCGCUACCGUCCAGCAGCGAUGUACAAGGAGGGGGGCGAGGCGCAUGACGACUGCGGCUCCCGGGAGGAGUGGACGCUCCUGUUCUGGACCUCUCUGGCCGUCAUCGUCCCGGUCAUCAUCACGCUGUGGUGCAGCGCCCAGCGCUCCAAGCGGAAAACGCACAUGAAGGAUUUCUUCCGCAAGAGCAAGCACGGCUGGCACUACACAGACCUGUUCAACAAGCCCACCUACUGCUGCGUCUGCUCCCAGCACAUCCUCCAAGGGGCUUUCUGCGACUGCUGCGGCGUGUGCGCCGACGAGCAGUGCCUGCGCCGGGCCGACCGGAGCCUGUCGUGCAAGGAGAUCAUGGCCCCCUCUACCCCCGAAGGAGCCAUGGAGCACCGCUGGGUCCGCGGAAAUGUACCCCUCGCCAGCUACUGUGCAGUGUGCAAACAGCAGUGUGGGACCCAGCCGAAGCUCUGCGACUUCAGGUGUGUGUGGUGUCAGGCCAUAGUGCACGAUGACUGCAUGGACAGCCUGGCGGAUGCAGACCAGUGUGACCUGGGCGAAUUCCACAGCCUCAUCAUCCCUCCUCAUUACCUGUACCGUGUCAACAAGCUCCGCCGCAGGCACCCCGAUGAGUACAGCAAGCUGGCCUCUUCCUUUGGCAGUGGCUGGACUCCGGUGUUGGUCUUGGCUAACACACGUAGUGGCAACAACAUGGGGGAGGCUCUGCUGGGAGAAUUUCGCACCCUUCUGAAUCCUGUGCAGGUGUUUGACCUGUCUGAGCUGACGCCCUCCAAAGCCCUCCAGCUGUGCACCCUGCUUCCCCCCGGCAGUGUCCGGGUGCUGGUGUGUGGGGGUGAUGGUACAGUGGGCUGGGUGCUGGAUGCCAUCGAUACUAUGAAGCUGAAGGGCCAAGACCAGUUUAUGCCAAGGGUGACCAUCCUGCCCCUGGGGACAGGAAAUGACCUUUCCAACACUUUAGGCUGGGGUGCCGGGUAUGCUGGAGAGAUUGCUGUGGAACAGGUUCUCCGUAACAUCCUUGAUGCAGAGGUGGUCAAAAUGGACAGAUGGAAAGUGCAAGUGGCUUCAAAAGGCCUCUACUUUCGUAAACCAAAGGUUCUGUCCAUGAACAACUACUUCUCUGUGGGGCCUGAUGCUCUGAUGGCGCUCAACUUCCACACACACCGCGAGAAAACACCCUCUUUCUUCUCCAGCCGCAUCAUCAACAAGGCUGUUUAUUUCCUGUAUGGUACCAAAGACUGUUUAGUGCAGGAAUGUAAGGAUCUGGAUAAGAGGAUUGAGCUGGAGUUGGAUGGGGAGAGGGUGGCUCUGCCCAGCCUGGAGGGCAUCAUAGUUUGUAACAUUGGCUACUGGGGUGGAGGCUGCAGACUCUGGGAGGGUAUGGGGGACGAACCCUGCCCCCCCACACGGCUGGAUGAUGGUCUGCUGGAGGUGGUGGGUGUGUUUGGCUCCUUCCACUGUGCUCAGAUCCAGGUCAAGCUGGCCAAUCCUGUACGGCUGGGACAGGCCCACACUGUCAGGCUGGUUCUUAAGAGCUCCAAGAUGCCCAUGCAGGUGGACGGGGAGCCAUGGGCCCAGGGUCCCUGCACCAUCACCAUCACCCAUAAAACCCAGGCCCUCAUGCUGUACCACAGCAGCGAGCAGACGGACGAUGACGAUGACGAAUCCAGCGCCUCUGAGACAGAGAGCCCCACCCCUCACGACUCGCCCAGGCCUCCGGAGCCGGCCUCCGCUCGUGCAUGACCCACUCUGAACAUCACGUGAUCUGAAGCUCUUCUUAUCUCUUCUUUCUGCAGCCCAGAUUCUAUUAAUCCCUCAUUUGCAUUUGAGAUGCCACUUACUCGCCCUCCUCUAAGAUAUUUGAACACACUUUAUCCUCAAUCACGUUGAUGAGAAUAGUUUUAAUAGUAAUUUUUUUGUGUAAUCAUUUCAGAUCUUCAGAGAGCUGACAGGUGUCAGAAAGGUUAGUUUGGAAUUGGGCUGGUGUGAUUUAGUUUUUUGGCCUUUUAUCUCUCCAUUCCCAAUAUUUUGUAACCCAGAGCUCAGGAAGUUCCACCUCAACAUGGGUGGGACAGUCAGGAGGAGGUGAAUGUUGUGAAGAAAGAUUGCGGUUUAUUUGCACUGAUCCCUUGUGCCAUAGAUAUCUACAGUCGACUAUACAGUUUAUUAAUCUGUAUUUACAACUGAAUGCCCAGUGCAGCCCUGCAGGUAUCAGUCAGCCAUUUUUAUGAAGUUGCCCAGGUUCGAUUGACCUAACCCCCAUAAAGCCAUGUCUAAAUCAACAGCAGGUGAUGAAGUAGUAAAAGGGGAAAGAACAGUAUGAUCACAACAAAUAUUACAGUACUGUACUUUAUUGCCCAUUAGUUGUUUUUUUUAAUUCCAGAAAGAGCACAAACAAGCAGCUAGUAGACUCUAGUUGGUUGUGUGUGAAAUGUUAAACUGUACAGAAUAUCUGUAAAAGUCCCCUUUCAUCACAAUGUUGAUAGUUUUUAAGUGUCUCCUGAGUGUGUCACCUAAGAUAAAGCUUUGAAAUGUGUGUGUGUAGGCCAGAAGGUGUCUGAAUCUUGGUGGUUGUCAAUCACUGGACAUUGAUUCAUCGUUCACUGUCUCAAGUAGCUCGCUAAACUUUUAGAUUGUACUAAUGUACAGUCUUGAAUUAUAUUUAACUUUCCUGAUAAGCGCUAUAGGAAACAACCUCACUUUUUUGUUUUGGUUUAUUUUGAAAGUGCUGCCAAGUAAGUGUUGUUCAGAGGAAUAAUUUUGCCUCGUGUAAAACCUUUUGUUUUUCCUCUUCUUUGCCUACGUCCUCCUGUUUACAUAUUUUGUGCUGCACUGUUUUGGCACUCACACUUAUUAAUACCUUACACUGCUUAUGACAUAGGAAACCGUAAUAUUGACCUUUGAUGUUGCUGCCAAUAGUGAUAACUGCUGAUGAGAUUAACUUAUCCCAUGUUGUGACUUUAUGUUAUACAAGUAAUCCUCUCGUAUUUUGUUAUUUGUGUUUUACCAAAUAGUCACCACAAGGUGGCAGACUAAAGACAGUAUUUUCUGCAGACAGGGUAAGCAGAGUUGGUCUUCUACUCAAACCUCCACAGUGUAAUAUCAAUACAAUCAGAGUUACUUGCAUGUACUUUCCUGUGUAGUGUUCUGGUGACAUUGUUCUAACUGUUGAGUUUUAUUGUUGCAUCGUUCCUGUACUCUACAUAAUCUGAGCAAAAGGUCAUUUGUGCUUUGUCCGUAAAAUAGCCUGCUUGUAGGGAUAUUAAUUGUACCUUUUGAGGUGGUCCUGUUUAUUACCUGUCGCUCACAGCCAUAUCGGAAAAUCUAACGUUAUAGAAUGUUAGUUUGUGCUUUCUUAGGAGCCCGGAGGCAACUUGCUGCUGGUUUGGCUGAACGGGUUUGUUUUUAGCCGCGCAAUGCCUAUGCUUUUGGAAUAUGCACCUCCUUUUAACCAGACCUCAUGGUUUCAUCACCCUCUAUUUGUUUGGUGAAUGUCUUUGUGCUCAAGGACACCUGUUUGAUCUUUUAUCUUAUCAUCCAUGUUUACCAGAGUUGUGUGUGUUGUGUUGCACUGAAUUUGCUUAGAUGUAACAGGGGUUCAUUGGCAGCAUUUUAGCCACACUAGCAGCACGGCUCCCGUUCAAAACACUGUUUUAGAGUGAAAUACCUCGAUGACUGUUUGAUGAAUUGUGAUGCAGUUUGAUACAGAUAAAAUGAAUGGUCCCCAGAGAAUGAAUUGUAA